CCAUUCACCAUUGUGAAUGAAAACACUGGCAAGUGUAUCCAACCAUUGAACGACUGGAUAGUAGCAAAGGACUGUGACAAAACCAAGGACAUGUUAUGGAAGUGGGUGUCCCAAAGUCGGCUCUUUCAUUUGCAAUCCCAGAAGUGCCUUGGCCUAGAUAUUACCAAACCCAAGGAUACCUUGAGAAUGUUCAGUUGUGACUCCCAUGUCAUGCUCUGGUGGAAAUGCGAUCACCGCUCUCUGCAUGGAGCUGCCCGAUACAGGUUAGCUCUACAGGAUGGACAUGCUAUAGCAAGUACAAAUUCAUCUGAUUUCUGGAAGAAAGGAGGUUCAGAGGAAAGCCUGUGUGGCCAGCCAUACCAUGAGAUAUAUACCAGAGAUGGGAACUCCUAUGGGAGACCUUGUGAAUUUCCAUUCUUUGUUAAUGGGACCUGGCAUCAUGAAUGCAUUCUUGAUGAAAAUCACAGUGGGCCAUGGUGUGCUACCACCUUAAAUUAUAAUGUUGAUCAAAAGUGGGGCAUCUGCUUAAUGCCAGAAAAUGGCUGUGUAAAUAACUGGGAAAAGAAUGAGCAGAUUGGAAGUUGCUAUCAGUUUAAUACUCAGACAGCUCUUUCUUGGAAAGAAGCUUAUGUUUCAUGUCAUAAUCAAGGCGCUGACUUACUGAGUAUCAGCAAUGCUGUUGAACUAACAUUUCUUAAAGAAAAAGAAGGCAUUGCUAGAGUUUUCUGGAUAGGCUUAAAUCAGCUAUUCUCUGCGAGAGGCUGGGAAUGGUCCAACCACAAGCCAUUAAACUUUCUCAACUGGAACCCAGAAAUGCCUAGUACACCGACAGUAGGUGGAUCAAGCUGUGCAAAAAUGGAUGCUGAGUCUGGUCUGUGGCACAGUUUCCCCUGUGAAGCUACACUUCCCUACAUCUGCAAGAAACCACUAAACGACUCAGUGGCAUUAACAGAUAUUUGGAGUUACUCAGACACCAACUGUGAUGAAGGCUGGCUGCCAAAUAAUGGAUUUUGCUAUCUGCUGGCAAAUGAAAGUGAUUCCUGGGAUAAGGCACAUACGAAAUGCAAAAGCUACAGCAGUGACCUCAUCAGCAUUCAUUCUUUAGCAGAUGUAGAGGUGGUUGUCACAAAACUCCAUGGUGGGGAUGCCAAAGAAGAAAUAUGGACAGGCUUGAGAAACAUAAAUACACCACCUUUAUUUCAGUGGUCAGAUGGUACUGAAGUUACUCUAACAUACUGGAAUGAGAAUGAGCCAAAUGUUCCCUAUAAUAAGACUCCCAACUGUGUCUCCUAUUUUGGACAGGUAGGUCAGUGGAAAGUCCAAUCCUGUGAAGAGAAACUUAAAUAUGUAUGUAAAAAAGAGGGAGAGAAAGUGAAUGAUACAAAGUUGGAGAAGACAUGUCCUUCAAAUCAGGGCUGGAAGAGACAUGGAGAAAUCUGUUACAAGAUUUAUGAGGAUGAGGUCCUUUUUGGAACCAAGUGCAAUCUGACUAUAACUAGCAGAUUUGAGCAAGAAUAUAUAAAUGAUAUGAUUAAAAAGCAUACUAAAUCUCUAAGAAAGUACUUCUGGACUGGCCUGCGAGACAUAGAGUCAAGUGGAGAAUAUAGCUGGUCAAGUUUUAAUGGAAAAAAGGGAGCUGUAACCUUUUCUAAUUGGAAAUAUCUUGAGCCAGCUCUUCCUGGGGGGUGUGUGGCUAUGUCUACUGAAAAGUCUCUUGGAAAGUGGGAAGUAAAAGACUGCAGAAGCUUCAGAGCACUUUCAAUUUGUAAGAGCAUAAGUGGACCUGCUGUACCUGAGGAGACAGCCCCCAAGCCUGAUGACCCCUGUCCUGAAGGCUGGCAUAGUUUCCCCACAAGUCUUUCUUGUUAUAAGAUAUUUCAUGCAGAAAGAAUUGUUAGAAAAAGGAAUUGGGAAGAAGCUGAGAGAUUCUGCCAAGCCCUUGGAGCACACCUCCCUAGCUUUAGUCAUGUGGAAGAGAUAAAGGAAUUUCAUCAGUUUCUAAUGGACCAGUUCAGUGGCCAGCGUUGGCUAUGGGUAGGUUUAAAUAAAAGAAGCCCAGAUUUACAGGGAUCCUGGCAAUGGAGUGAUCAUUCACCAGUGACUACUAUUAUUGGGCCAAAUGAGUUUCAGCAAGAUUAUGAUACCAGAGACUGUGGUGCUAUCAAGGUCAUUCAGAGGUUAUGGCGAAGAAACUGGUAUUUCUAUGAGGACAGAGAAUUUGUUUACUUAAGGCCUUUUGCUUGUGAUACAAAACUUGAAUGGGUGUGCCAGAUUCCAAAAGGCCGUAUGCCCAAAACACCAGACUGGUACAAUCCAGAGCGUGCUGGAAUUCAUGGAUCUCCAGUGAUAGUAGAAGGGAGUGAAUAUUGGUUUGUUACUGAUCUUCACUUAAACUAUGAAGAAGCUGUCCUGUAUUGUGCUAGCAAUCACAGUUCUCUGGCUACUUUAACAUCUCUUUCAGGACUAAGAGCCAUCAAAACCAAAAUAGCAGAAAUUGCUGGUGAUGAACAGAAGUGGUGGGUGAGAACUUUUGAGCACCCAAUAAUAGAUCAUCAUCCCUUCCACUCACGAUACUAUUGGCAUCGCUUUCCUAUGACAUUUGGAGAGGAAUGUGUGUACAUGUCUGUCAAGUCCUGGUUUAGCGAUUUAAAUAAACCAGCUGACUGUUAUAUCAAGUUGCCCUUCAUAUGUGAAAAGCAUAAUGUAUCUUCAUUAGAGAAAUACAGUCCAGAUUCUGCAGCCAAAGUACAAUGCUCUGGGGAAUGGAUUCCUUUUCAGAAUAAGUGUUUCCGAAAGGUGAAAUCCAGGUCUCUCACAUUUUCCCAAGCAAAAGAAGUUUGUAUGUCUUAUGGUGGAACUCUUCCUUCAGUGCUGAGCCAGAGAGAACAAGAUUUUAUUACAUACUUACUUCUGAAUACAAAUGAUACUGUAUGGAUUGGUUUGCGCUGGACUGCCUCUGAGAAAAUAAACAAAUGGACAGAUAACAGAGAGCUGACAUAUAAUAACUUCCACCCAUUAUUGGUUGGUCGAAGGCUAAGAAUGCCAACAAAUUUUUUUGAGGAAGAUUCCCACUACCACUGUGCUCUACUAAUCAACCUCCAAAAGUCACCUUUUACUGGGACAUGGAAUUUUACUUCCUGUAGUGAAAGUCACACUCUGUCUCUCUGUCAAAAAUAUUCAGAAAUUGAAGCCACCCAGACCUUGCAGAACACUUCAGAAACUGUAAAGUACAAAAAUAACCUGUACAAAAUAAUCAUGAAGAAUCUGAGUUGGUUUGAUGCUCUAGUGGAGUGUCAGAAAGAAAACAUGCACUUGGUGAGCAUCACAGACCCUUUCCAGCAGGCGUUCCUCACUGUGCAGGCGGUCCUUCGAAAUGCUUCCUUAUGGAUUGGGCUCUCCAGUCAAGAUGAUGAACUCAACUUUGGCUGGUCAGAUGGAAAAUACCUUCAAUUUACUCGCUGGGCAGAAAAUAAUGAGCAACUUGAAGCCUGUGUAAUAUUAGAUACUGAUGGAUUCUGGAAAACAUUUGAUUGUAAUGAUAAUCAACCAGGUGCUAUUUGCUACUAUCCAGGAAAUGAGACUGAAAAAGUGGCCAAACCAGUUGGCAAUGUUCAAUGUCCAUCUCCUGUUCUAAAUACUCCAUGGAUACCAUUUCAGAACUGUUGCUACAAUUUCAUGAUAGCAAAGAAUAGACAUGCUCCAGUAACUAAAGAUGAAGUUCAUAAUCAGUGUCAAAAACUGAAUCCAAAAUCACGUAUUCUGAGCAUUCGAGAUGAAAGAGAGAAUAACUUUGUUCUUGAGCAACUUCUAUACUUCAAUUAUAUGGCUUCAUGGGUUAUGUUAGGUGUAACUUAUAAAAAUGAUUCACUUAUGUGGUCUGAUAAGACCAUGCUGUCUUAUACACACUGGAGAGCAGGAAGACCAGCUAUAAAAAAUGACAAAUUUCUUGCCGGCCUGAGCACUGAUGGUUUCUGGGAUAUUCAAACCUUUAAUGGGAUUGCAGAAACACUGUACUUUCACCAGAACAGCAUUCUUGCUUGUAAAAUUGAAAUGGUUGACUACAAGGAAGAAUAUAACACUACUUUGCCUCAGUUUAUUCCAUAUAAAGAUGAUGUUUAUAAUGUUAUUCAAAAAAAAGUAACUUGGUAUGAAGCAUUAAAUAUGUGUUCUCAAAGUGGAGGUUAUUUAGCAAGUGUUCAUGACCAGAAUGGCCUGCUAUUUCUGGAAGAUAUUGUGAAACGUGACGGAUUUCCACUAUGGACUGGGCUUUCAAGUCAUGAUGGCAGUGAAUCAAAUUUUGAAUGGUCUGAUGGCAGUGUACUUGACUACAAACCAUGGGAAGAUAAAAUGUCUGCUGGAAACUGUAUUGUCUUGGAACCCAAAGGAAUUUGGAAACGUGAAAAAUGCAACUCUGUUAAAGAUGGUGCUAUUUGUUAUAAACCUACAAAAUCUAAAGAAGUGACCUCUCACUCAUACUCCUCAAGAUGUCCUGCAGGAAAAGAUAAGGAACCACGAUGGAUCCAGUAUAGGGACCACUGCUAUACAUCUGACCAGGCUUUGCACAAUUUCUCAGAAGCCAAAAAGUUUUGUUCAAAACUUGAUGAUUUUGCAACUGUUGUUACCAUAAAGGAUGAAGAUGAAAAUAGAUUCUUGAGCAGACUGAUGAGGGAAAAUUAUAAUAUUACCAUGAGAGUUUGGCUUGGAUUAUUACAAUUUGCUUCUGAUCACUCUUGGCAUUGGUUAGAUGGAUCAGAUGUAUCAUUUGUCAAAUGGGGAGAUAAAAGAAAGAGCGGUACUGGAAAAUGUAGCAUUUUGCUAGCUUCAAAUGAAACUUGGAAAAAAGUUGAUUGUUUAUCUGGUUAUGGAAGAGUUGUCUGCAAAGUCCCUCUGAGGCCUGAUUACAGAGGAAUAGCUAUUACUUUUGCUGUGCUAAGUGUCUUAGCUCUCCUCAGUGGACUGAUUUGGUUCCUUUUCCAAAAGAAUCGUUCAUCCUGGACAGGCUUUUCUUCAGUUCGAUAUGAACAAGGAGUAAAUGAAGAUGAAAUUAUGCUUCCCUCUUUACGUGACUAAAUUCUCCUAAAAGACUGCUAAUUUGCACUGAUGUGUUAAGAAAAAUGAGCCAUUUCAAAUUUUCCCAGUAUCAGUAUUUAACACUGUUCCACCAUAAGAUCUUACUCUUUCAGUUGUUUACUAUGAUACCCACAAAAUGCCAUGCUUAUAACUCUAUUUAAUAGACUGGAAAGGAACUGAAAUUAGAACUGAACUCCCAACUUUUUAUAGCUAAUACAUUUAAUGUACAUUUUUUUCUAUAAGACUGUGUUUGAUAAUUGGGACAGGUAUGUUUUAAUGACUUUUUUUAACACAACUUCUUAGAAAAUUUGAAUUGGUGUAUUGCUGGUAACUCAAGGUAAAACCAAUGUAAAUAAGAGUUAACAUUGUUUUAAAAUAGAUAUAGCAUUAGGAGAAAUUAUUGAAUAAUAGGACAUGCUUAUUUAUUACCCAGCAAAAUGAUGCUUCUUAACAAGCUGCUUCUUAUACUGUUUCAAAGAUAUUUCAUACCAAUAUCACUUAAAUACAGUUGUUUUGUUUUGUUUAUAACUGCUUAUAAACCAAUGGUUUUUAAAGAUUUCA